CCCGGCGCUAUAUGGGCCGACCCUAGAAAAAUGCUCAUAAACCCUCCACUCCCUCCCUCCCACUCCGCUCUCCCCCUCCUCCCUGCAGAAACCAUGGAUACACAGUCCUGACCUCUCUCUCUCUCUCUCUCUCUCUCUCUCUCUCUCUCGCGCGCGCACGCUGGCUCGCUUUCUCUCUGAACUCGAUCGGUAUAGUCAUGGUAGGGCAAUGGAUUGAGCAUGUGGAUCUGUGGAUGAACAAGGCUCAGUGCCUGAAGCUUCGGCUCAGAGACCAUUUCAGGGUCGCCGUCGAUCGGCAUUGCCGGCGGCCGGGCCUCUCCGACGGAUAUUUCUCUUCGACGAUGCAGCGGUGGCUUCACCAUUUUCGUGAUUUUCGCAGAGAGUCUUUGCCUUCUUCUUCGGUUUUCUACCGUAAAAGAGUGAGUAAGGACAUUGCUGCAGAAGAAGAUCCAGUCAUUGUACGCAUGCUUCAGUCUCUGGCUGUUCCUGUAAUUGGAAAUGUUUGUCAUGUUUUUAUGCAUGGCUUGAACUGUGUUCAGGUAUAUGGUGCAGAAAAACUACAUCAAGCAUUGCUACAUAGACCAGACCGCAAGCCUCUUAUAACGGUGAGCAAUCAUGUUGCUUCCAUGGAUGAUCCACUUGUCAUUGCUUCUUUGCUUCCUCGAAGUGUUUUAUUUGAUGCACAUAUCCUGCGGUGGACACUUUGUGCGACUGAUAGAUGUUUUACCAAUCCUGUGACUUCUGCAUUCUUUCGCUGUGGCAAGGUUUUGCCAAUUUCUCGCGGUGAGGGAGUUUAUCAAAAGGGGUUGGAUAUGGCUGUUUCAAAAUUGAACACUGGUGGAUGGGUUCACAUCUUUCCAGAAGGAACUCGUUCUCGAGACGGUGGGAAGACUGUAGGGUCUGCCAAGAGAGGUGUUGGGAGGUUGAUCCUGGAUGCAGAUAAUAUCCCUAUUGUUGUCCCAUUUGUACAUACUGGGAUGCAAGAGAUCAUGCCUAUUGGAGCCAAAGUCCCAAGGAUUGGCAAGACUGUGACAGUACUUAUUGGUGAUCCUAUUAAUUUCGAUGAUUUACUCAACCUGGAAGGAUCUGAGCAUGUAUCAAGAGGAAAACUAUAUGAUGCGAUUUCAUCAAGGAUUGGUCAACGAUUGCAUGAAUUAAAAGUUCAAGUGGACAAAUUAGCAAUUAAGCAGCUCCAACUGCAAAACUAUCCCCUGCAGAGCACAGAAAGAGCUGCUGGGAUGUUGCAGCAAGUUGAUUGGGAAUCAUUUGGGAUGAAAAGCUACAUCUUCCCUGAAGAUGACUCCAACUCAUCAGAACUCAAAAUCCAUACGCAACCAGAGCUAAAUCUCGCCCCGUCACUUGAGCCCACUUCAGAGCGGUGUUUUAGGAUGGGUUCCUCUUAUGAAGGUGGGAUUAUGUCGAGGAUUCGUGGUUACAUUUACCCAACUGAGCUAAUGGGCUUUGCUGCUAGAGGCUUAUUUAUAAAUCGCCAAAGAGAGGACCAUCCUGCUAGUCUUUCCAGGAUUGAACCCUUAAAGGCAUGGAAGCAAUUUUUGGAAACUAAUGUGUUACAACAGUGGAGUUCAUGCUAGCAAUAUUGUCUAGAAGUUCAAGCUGUAAAUACCUCCUGGGGGACUGUUGAUGUGUUCUUUGUUCAGGUUAGAGAUGACAAAUGCAUCAGGAUAGUGAUAUGAAAUCUCCCGAUAUGUUGGAUUAUUUUGUGUAGAAAUCAAGCACUUAUUGGUAAUGAUGAAUGGACUCGAGCUUGCAAGAUUAAGGGUGUGGUUUUGAAACUCGAUUUUUGUAUAUGAUGGCAAGCUGGAAGCUAUUUUCAUCCCACCUGAGUCCCUAUGAUGCAUUUAUUGUGAAAAUUUUAAGGUAGGUUGGAAGUUCGAAUCUUAAAUUUAGAUUAUGGUAUAUUGGGAUAAAUUUUAAUAUAAGUUUAUAUUAUAUUUUAUUCAAAUCUAAUAUAAUUUCAUUUUCAA